AUGUCAGAAUCAAAUCUAUCAAAGGGUGAUUUGGAAGAACUUUGCCAUGCGGUUGGUGUCUCUACUGAAGGUGUAAAGGCGGACCUGGUACAAAGGCUAAAACAACUUUCAAGUGUAGUGGGCCAAAAUCCAAAUAACAUCGAAGAAGUUGGUGAAACAAGUGUGGGAAAUUGUGAU